AUGCGCAAUGCGAUAUCGCAGUCCCCGACGGCCAAGACAAUGGCAUUUCUUGCGUCAUUCCUCGUGGACAAGUCGCAGCAAAGUGCGAGGGACUCAGUGAGAGAAUUGACCGAAAAGACGACAAGGGCCAUUCCCAACAUCUAUCUCGAGCAUGAACCUUCUGUGUCCGAAUGGCUUGCCUCGCUCGUGCCGACAAAAGAGGGCACUUAUCAAUACCUUCACAGCCUCUUCCCUUCCAUCGGCUGGGUCCCUCGCUACAACUGGCGGUGGUUGUUCGCAGACUCCACAGCAGGGCUGACUGUUGGCCUGGUGGUGGUGCCCCAAGCCAUGGCAUACGCUCUGCUUGCGACUUUAAGCCCAGACUUUGGCCUGUACACGUCGUUCGCUGGGGCAGCAACAUAUUGGCUGUUUGGCACUUCCAAGGACAUCGUCAUCGGCACGACUGCGGUCGGAUCGCUCCUCGUUGGCAACGUGAUUACAAACAUACAGAAUGCGCACCCGGGGCUCUACACCAACGUCGAGAUUGCGAAAACGCUGUCUUUCAUAACCGGGGCGAUGCUCCUGGCAAUUGGCCUGCUGCGACUCGGGUGGAUCGUCGAAGUCAUACCGUACAUUCCCAUCUCUGCAUUCAUCACCGCCGCCAGUAUCACGAUCAUGUCGACCCAAUUCCCCGUCAUGAUGGGCAUUCCUGGGAUCAACACGCGAGAAGAGCCGUACAAGGUUAUCAUCAACUCACUCCGCAACCUCGGAAAUGCCCAGCUGGACGCCGCGAUCGGCAUCUCCUGUUUGAUCCUGUUGGAGCUGAUCAAGAUAAUCUGCGCCAAAAUGGAGGUUCGUCAACCGUCCCGGAAACGCCUGUGGGCGACGAUUUCAUGCCUCCGACUCUCGAGCGCCAUGCUGUUCUACACCUUCGUGAGCUGGCUGGUGCAUCGCGAUCUCCCAAAGGGCGAGAGUUUCAAGCACUCAGGAGUUCCUCGGUUCGACGCCGAACUGGUGCGACUCGUCAUCCCGCAAACCCCCAUCAUGAUGGUCAUCCUGGUGGUCGAGCACAUUGCAAUCGCAAAGAACUUUGGCAAACAGUUCGGCUACCAGGUGAUUCCCUCGCAGGAGAUCAUGGCCCAGGGCACGGCCAAUCUGCUGGGCCCUUUUCUGGGCGGCUAUGCCUGCACUGGAUCCUUCGGGGCCUCAGCUGUCCUCGCCAAAGCUGGGGUCAAGACUCCGCUGGCGGGUCUCUUCAGUGCCCUUAUCCUCCUGCUGGCACUGUAUGCUUUGACGGGCGUCUUCUACUACAUCCCCAGGGCGGCACUCGCCGGUCUCAUCAUUCACGCAGUUUUGAACUUGGUGGCGUCUCCGAAGACGUGUUACAGAUACUGGCGCAUUUCUCCAUUUGAAUUCCUAAUAUGGUUUGUCGGGGUGGUCGUUGCCAUAUUCACCGGACUGGAGACAUCCAUCUACACUACUAUCGCCCUGUCACUAUUCCUCCUCCUGGUGCGAAUCGCCCGCACAAAUGGACAGUUUCUUGGACCGGUACCGAUCUGGCAGGUGGCGGUUGAUCUCAGCGUGGACGCCGAUGGACGGGACGAGAUUCCUCGUCAACAACCAUCUGGGGAACUAGAGGUUCGAGACGUCUACAUCCCCAUGGACCGGAAAGACGCCUCCAACCCAGAGGUGAUUGUUCAAUCGCCAUACCCGGGAGUGUUCGUCUAUCGUUUCCCCGAGGGCUUCAACUACCUCAACAAAACACUGCAGUUGAACAACCUGACGCACUACAUCCUGACCCACACCCGGCGCACGACAAAACAGGACGACUUAGAGUCGCAUCGACGGCUGUGGUGCGAAUCGGGAGAGUCACAGAGCACAGACGCCAGCCUACCUGUCCUGCGAGCCAUUAUCUUCGACUGCUCGUCGGUGAACAACAUCGACAUCACCGCUGUGCAAGGACUGGUCGACGCCCGAAACGCCUUGGACCGACAUGCAGCCCCGGCCCUGGUCGAUUGGCACUUCGCGGCGCUGUGGAACCGCUGGUCCCGGCGCGCGCUGGCGACAGCGGGGUUCGGAUAUCCCACCAAACGGAGCCGGUUCGCGCCGGGGAACUGGACGCCCGUCUAUUCCCUCACCAGCUCGUUCGCUGGCGCAGGGCCGGAAGACGCCUGUGCCGAGGCGCGGCGCAAGGAGCAGUUGGCGAAGACGGACUGUGAGAGCAACGUGGUAGAAAGAGUGGAGACUGAUGGUGACGCUGAGGGGAUUAGAUCGUGCGUGCGACAGGUCUCGACGCUGGAGAAUGGCAGCACGGGCCCCAAGCACGCGGCGACGGCAGCGCUCAGGCCAGUGUUUGGACUUGAUCGGCCGUUCUUCCACAUCGAUCUUGGGCAGGCUGUGGCAGCGGCCGUGCGAUGCGCGAAAAUGAGUGAUUGA